CCAAAUGCAAAUGAUCAUUGAAUAUGAUCAAUACUCCAACAUAUUGGACCACCAUAACCCCUCCAUUUCCCUCCACUCUUCCUCUUUACUCAUCAUUUCUUCUGUCUCCUCAUCGUCCUUAAACUCAUUAAUUCUACUACUAUUAUCCUUCCUCUCUAUAUUUUCUGAUUUUCUCUCCCUAAAAAAUAUGAAGAAAGAUCAACUUUCUCUUAGUAGAAGUACAAGUUGUAAUUCUUGGAGUUCAAACAAGAUUAUUCCUUCAAAUUUCACACGAUCAACUUCUUCUACAUUUUCUCCUGAAAGCCCUAGUCAAAUCUCUAAUAAAUCCCUCGUACGUAAUGAUAUUAUUAGCAGUAGUAAUAGUAAUAGUAAUAGUAAUAAAUCACUCGCAGUAUCGCGCGUGAGUAAAACGCGCCUCACUUUGACCACCUUCCUCCGCUCUCUCCUCCACGUGUUCUCCUUCUCUUCGUCGUCGUCGUUUUCCGCAGUCCCCACGUGUAGGUGGUUGACUAUUCCGAAUCGGGUCCUUUCACUUUCUUCCCCUACGCCCCUAGGGAGGAAGGUGACUGGCACGCUCUUUGGACACAGAAAAGGUCAUGUAACAUUUGCCGUGCAAGAUGAUCCUAAGGCAGACCCGGCUUUAUUAAUAGAGCUGGCAAUCUCUACCUCGACUCUUGUCCGCGAGAUGUCCUCAGGACUAGUGAGGAUCGCCCUCGAGUGUGAGCGUGGCUCGCACUCGAACACGACGGGGCGUGGUAAUAAUAAGCACGGGCCCAAGUUGUUCCUUGAGCCCGUGUGGACUAUGUAUUGUAACGGGAGAAAAUGCGGGUACGCAAAUUCAAGGCAAGGUAAUGAAUUUGAUUGGCACGUGCUUAGCACGGUCCAAAGUGUCUCCGUAGGUGCGGGUGUUAUUCCUCUAGUGGAGGAUCAGGUCGGGUCGUGUUCGGGUUCGGAAGGCGAGUUGCUUUACAUGAGAGCUAAAUUUGAACGAGUUGUAGGAAACCGUGACUCGGAGGCUUUUUACAUGCUCAACCCGGAUGGUAACGGUGGGCCUGAACUCAGUAUUUUUCUUCUUAGGUUAUAAUUGUCAUUUUCAUGAGUUAAUCAUGAUUAAUUAAAUUAAAACACAGGAAAAGAAGAGAGGAAUGUUAGGGUAAUGAUUAGGGAUAAUAUGCAAAUGGAGGAAAUUAAAGUGAUUGGUUAAAGUAGUGGUCAUUUGACAUUUUUAUUUUUUUUAUAUUGUGAUUUAUAAUUAAGGGUGUUGGUGUGACCAUGUGGUUUUGUUCAUAAUUUUAAUACUUUUUUUUUUGGGGAUCU